UACUACUAUUUCAAAUUUCUACUGUGCACUGUUGAAAGAAGAAAAGAAGCAGAGGUCAAUUUCAAUGGCGAGUAAAAGAGGUGAAACAGUGUACAAAAUUUACCGAGCCCUAACCCAAGGUAUAUCGCCGUUAAUCCGCCUGCACCUACAAUGGCGCAGGUUCCGCCGCCGCGAACAUCCACUCCGCUGGCGGGAACGCCUCGGAUUCCCCUCUGCUCCCCGCCCCACCGGCCACCUCAUCUGGUUUCACGCCGUCUCCUUAGGUGAAGGAUUGGCGGCGAUUCCUGUGAUCAAUUGCUGUUUGGAGAGAAGGCCGGAUGUAACCGUUUUGAUGACGACCACAACUACGUCAGCAUUUGAAGUGAUAAAGAACAGGCUUCCAAGUAAUGUCAUAUAUCAGUUUGCUCCACUCGAUAUACCGUCCACUGUGGAUGCUUUCCUUCAACAUUGGAGGCCGAAUGCAGUCAUGCUAAUGGAAAGUGAGCUGUGGCCGAAUCUCAUUAUGUGUGCUGCAAGAAAUGGUAUUGCAAUGACGUUGCUGAACGGCAGAAUGUCUACAAAAUCGUUCCAAAAUUGGUCUCAUCCACUAUUUCUUCCAUUGAUCUCGUUAAUGCUAUCAAAAUUUUCGUUGAUUCUUCCAUUGAGCACAAUCCAAGGAAUUCGUUUCCAGCUAUUGCAAGCUUCACCUGUUAUCAUAAACUAUUCUGGAGAUCUCAAAUAUGCUGUAGCGGAUUUUUGCGUUUCUGAAGGGAAGAAGAAAGGCCUGAAAGAAUUCGAGGCUCAGCUUUCUGGUAGAAAAGUAUGGAUGGCUUCUUCCAUUCAUAAGGGGGAAGAGGAAGUAUUUAUAGGAGCUCACGACAUGCUAAAACGGAAUCAUGCCGAUGUAGUAACUAUUAUUGUACCACGUCAACCUCAGCAUGGAGAAGAUAUUGCUCAGAAAUUACAGGAGGAAGGAAUUUCAGUAGCAUUGAGGUCUCGUGGCGAUAAUCUCACCCCUGAAACAAGUAUAUAUGUGGUCGACUCAUUAGGUGAAUUGAGAGAGUUCUACAGAUUAACCCCGAUUGCUGUAAUAGGAGGUUCGUUCGCAGUGGGAUCAGCUGGUCAUAAUAUAUCAGAAGCGGCUGCAGCUGGAUGCGCUGUUUUAACAGGUAAUCACGUUGGCCACUUCUCACACAUGGUGGCAGAAAUGCAACGCGUGAAUCCCCUUUCGGUUCUCCAGGUUUCUGGUGAAAAACUUGCGGAAGCUGUUAAUGAGCUGUUUGGUAAUGUCGAAAUUUUUGAAGCGCGUCGUUUGGCUGCCAGACAAGCAUACCAUGCUUUGUCUAGUGGCAUUGUUGAAAAUAUAUGGGAAAUGUUGCAAUUCCACGUAUUCGAGAAGCUAAAUGCAAAGGAGUAAUUUUCAAAUUACUUCAUUUUUUCAUUGCGUACUUAAGGUGACAAUCUGCACGAACUACGAGAAUGUUACGGUGUUAUGUUGGCCUUCCUGGUAAGUCUUCUGUUUGAUCAGACAUGCAUGAGUAAUAUGAAAUUACGUAAAAAAAAUUAUCACGUAAAUGCAUUUAUUCAAGAAUAAAAUGAUAAUACUACGUUUACGAAGGGUGUUUUGUAUAAGAUUUCCUAUGUAAUUUCAAGAACAUUUCAUCGGUAGUCAUGCUAUGUUAGAGUGUUCGUUUACCUUUUCUUAUGCAUAAUGAUGCAUAUAUGUGAUAUUGGUGAUUUUUUUUGGUAGUUGUGUGGUCCAGAAGCAAAAGGGAAGUCAAUGGGAAACUCUGAAUAGUUUCGUUACUGCUUUUUGCAAAUGAAAUGCAGAAAGAAUACGAUUAUAAAGAACUAUGUUUUAUUGCACGGGCGACAUCACAUCGAACAACCAGGUACCGGUUUCUUGACUAUGCUAAUGUUACAACUUACAGCAGUCGAAUAUAUAGUGUCACACCACAUUUCUCAAUUGAUUGUAUUUUAUUCAAAUAUCAAGGAUUCAACUAUGCUAAUGUGUCAUUUUUAAUUUUUAUUA